AUGGCUAGAAAAUUUGAUUUGAUCAAAGAUAUAGAUGAGAAGAAAGAGACUUUGAAGCUUGCUGUGAGAGUAAAGGAUUUGUGGUUUGUUCAAAAUCGGGAUACGAAUCGUCAUAUGGAGUUGAUUCUUUUGGAUCAGAAGGGGAAUAUGAUUCCUGCAAUGGUAAAAAAGGAAGAUAUAGGUUUGUGGGAAGAAAAGUUGGUUGAGGGUCAUACCUACAUAAUGCAUAAUUUUAAAAUCAUGAAGAACCAAGGACAAUUUUGGGUUUGUGACCACCCUUACAAGUUAUUGUUCAUAGGUGCAACAACUAUAAAAGAACAACCAAUUUCAAGUAUUCCUCUAAACAUUUAUAAUUUCAAAAGUAUCGAGGAUAUAGUUGAUGGAAAAUUCUCUGCUGAUUUGGUGUAUGAUAUUAUUGGAGUGGUGGAUAAUGUGAGGUGUAAUCCCCAGUCCAAGAAUGUUGUAUUUCAUAUAAGGGAUUUAAGUUCUGCUGUUAUUGGGUGUACGUUGUGGGAUUCCUAUUACUUUAAAUUUAUGAGUAAUUGGAGGGGAGAACCAAAUUCCUUUAUUGUUGUUGUUAUGUUGACUCAAGCUAAGAUCAAGUCGUCUUCAGGACGGUGGCCAGUGUCAAUAUCAAAUUCCUGGAAUGGUUCAAAGUUGUUUAUGGGUGACGAAUGUUCUGAAUUGGUUCAAUAUUGGAAUUAUAGACGUUUUGGCAAUGAAGUUAGUCAAAGUCAAGAAGCUAGCCAAUUGAGUUUACUGUCUCAAUAUAGUGAACAUGAGAAAUUUAUGUAUAAAGCUGUUGUGAGUACAAUAUCCGAAAUCACAACAAUGAAGGAGGAAGUGUAUUGUGCUACUGUUGGAACUACUGUCAAGUUUAAUUUAGGGAAUGAUGGAUGGUGUUAUCCAGUAUGCAAUGGUUGCAGGAAGAAGACUGAAGAGAUAUGUGCUUUUAAUUGUGUCAUGUGUGGGUUUAAUAAUGAAAAACCUGAAAUUAGAUAUAAGUUGGAAUUACAGGUCUGCGAUGAAGAUAGUUAUGCGAAUUUCGUUAUAUGGGAUCAAGACUGCAUUAACUUGAUUGGUGUAUCAGCUGUUGAGUUAAUGAAUAAAAUGAUUGAGGAUGGGGAGGAUGAUCUGAAAUGUUUUCCAGAGGAUCUAGAUGUUAUGCUGGGAUGUACUCUUGCAUUCAAGGUUAGAGUUCAACCAAAAAAUAGAUCUUCAUCGGUCAUGAAAGCUUCAAACAAUCUUGAAACCAUUGCUUUUAUUAGAAGUAAACUUGAGUCAAAGAUGAUUAAAGACUCCAGCGCUGAAGAUACGUGUGAUUCCAAUACUGAGGAAAAUUCUAAGGGCAGAGACCAAAUACAAGAGGGUAAACAGUCUUUUGAUCUACCUAUAUGUGACUCUAACAACGAACAUGAAUCAAUUCCCAUUAUUACUUACGAGUCUCAGACAGAUAUGAAUAAGGAGUUCAGUCCCACAGAUAUAUGUGGUUCCAAGAUGCAAUCUAUGGCGGUUGGUUUGAUUAAAAGUGGAUCUCGUGGAAAAAAUAUUAAAGAGUCCAAUCCCACUGCAAUAUGUGGUUCCAGUACCCAAUCGAAAGCCACAAAUCCGAUUAAAACUGGAUCUCAUGGAAAUAAGAUUAAAGAAUCCAGGGGUAAGCCAAGUGUUAAUAAAAAUACCGAAGCUGACAAUUGCAUGUUGACUCUGAGUGGUUCAGCAUAUCAUGAUCCUUAUAUUAAUUUUUGUGUUACCCCUACAAAGGACUUAUUGUUGGACUUUGAAGUUGAUUGCGACCACCUUGAAGACAUACCAAGUGUAGAAUUUUCGAGGUCCAAGACUAAGAAACAAAUGAAACAGGAAAAACACUGA